GCGGAGGAGGAGGCAGGAGCCGGCGCUCGGGGCGGGGAGAGCGGCGGCCGGACGAGCAGCGGGCGUGGGGGCAGCAGCGCGCCCCUGGGGCGCGUCGUUCUCUCCGCGGCGGGGCGGCUCCGGGGGCGCCGGCGGGCAGCGCGCUCCGCUCCGGCCCCGGCCCCGGCCCCUCCGCGCGCCGCCGGCCCCAUCGCCCCUGCACAGCGGCGGCGGGCCUGGGGCUCCGCUCGGAACGGCGGCGGCGCCCCGCCCAACAGGGUCCUCGCCUUUCCCGGGGCGCGGGGCCAUGAGCCCGGCGGCCGCCUAAGGCUCCGGGUGCGCCGCGCGCGCGGACCGCACCCCGAAGUCCGGAGCGCUCUCCUCUGCCCGCGGGCACCGCGUCCUCUCUGAGCGGCCGGCGGGCGAUGGAGCCCGCGGACCCCGCCCGGGAGGCGGCCGCCAAGCUGUCGGAGGCGGUGGGCGCGGCGCUGCGGGAGCCCCGCAAGCAGCGCCGCCUCUUGCUGGUCAUCGUGUGCGUGGCGCUGUUCCUGGACAACAUGCUGUACAUGGUCAUCGUGCCCAUCGUGCCCGACUACAUCGCCCACAUGCGCGGCGGCAGCGAGGGCCCCACCCCGACCCCGGAGGUGGAGGCGGAGGUGGCGGCGUGCGCGCCCACCCUGCCGCCGCCCGUCCUGGCCAACGCCAGCUCCGCGGCCAACGGCUCGGAGCCCCCGACGGCCGCGCAGCCCGCCGGGCCCGCCCUGCGGCCCCGCUAUCCGACGGAGAGCGAGGACGUGAAGAUCGGGGUGCUGUUCGCCUCCAAGGCCAUCCUGCAGCUCCUGGUGAACCCGCUCAGCGGGCCCUUCAUCGACCGCAUGAGCUACGACGUGCCGCUGCUCAUGGGCCUGGGCGUCAUGUUCGCCUCCACGGUCCUGUUCGCCUUCGCCGAGGACUACGCCACGCUGUUCGCGGCGCGCAGCCUGCAGGGCCUGGGCUCCGCCUUCGCCGACACGUCGGGCAUCGCCAUGAUCGCUGACAAGUACCCCGAGGAGCCGGAGCGCAGCCGAGCGCUGGGCGUGGCGCUGGCCUUCAUCAGCCUGGGCAGCCUGGUGGCGCCGCCCUUCGGGGGCAUCCUCUACGAGUUCGCAGGCAAGCGCGUGCCCUUCCUGGUGCUGGCGGCCGUGUCGCUGGCGGACGCGGCGGCGCUGCUGGCGGUGGCCAGGCCCUUCUCGGCCGCGGCGCGCGCGCGGGCCAACCCGCCGGUGGGCACGGCCAUCCACCGCCUCAUGCUGGACCCGUACAUCGCCGUGGUGGCCGGCGCGCUCACCACCUGCAACAUCCCGCUCGCCUUCCUGGAGCCCACCAUCGCCACGUGGAUGAAGCGCACGAUGGAGGCGUCCGAGUGGGAGAUGGGCAUGGUCUGGCUGCCGGCCUUCGUGCCGCACGUGCUGGGCGUGUACCUGACGGUGCGCCUGGCGGCACGCCACCCGCAGCUGCAGUGGCUGUACGGCGCGCUGGGGCUGGCGGUGAUCGGCGCCAGCUCGUGCGCCGUGCCCGCCUGCCGCUCCUUCGCGCCGCUCGUGGUCGCGCUCUGUGGCCUCUGCUUCGGCAUCGCGCUGGUGGAUACGGCGCUGCUGCCCACGCUCGCCUUCCUUGUGGACGUGCGCCACGUGUCCGUCUACGGCAGCGUCUACGCCAUCGCCGACAUCUCCUACUCCGUGGCCUACGCGCUCGGGCCCAUCGUGGCGGGCCACAUCGUGCACUCGCUGGGCUUCGGGCAGCUGAGCCUGGGCAUGGGCCUGGCCAACCUGCUCUACGCGCCCGUGCUGCUGCUGCUGCGCCGCGUGAGCCUCCUGACGCGCUCCCGCUCCGAGCGCGAGGUGCUGCUGGACGAGCCGCCGCAGGGCCUGUACGACGCGGUGCGCCUGCGGGAGUGCCCGGCGUCCGGCCCCGACGGCGCGCUCCGCAGCCCGCCCGGCCCGUUUGCCGAGUGCGAGGGCGACUACACAGACUAUGCCGGCUAUGGCGCCCGCAGCUAGCGGCCCCCUCUCCCCACCGCCGCCGCCAGGGUCCCCGUGGCCGCUGAGAGCGUACCCGCCGGCUCAGCAUCAAGGCCUCCCCUCGCGCCAGACCCCCCCGCGCAGGUCCUGUCCUGACUCCUCCGCCGCGUCCGCUCGCCAUUGCCUUCAGUGUGUCCCUCUCCCUCUCGCCCAUCGGAGCGUGGAGCACUGCGGCCUGGGAAACCAUGCGCUCCUGGCACAGAAGGGGCCUCGGGGCCGCCCUGUGUAGGUCUGUGUGUCUGUCUGUCCUGCCUCCUGUACCUUGGCCCGCUGCACAGCGUUGCCUCUGGCCCAAAUCAAUAAACCAUAUCUGUCCCAGACCGAGUCUCUUUACUG